AUGCUCCUCCAACUCACCGAAUCGACACUCUAUUAUCGCGACUUGGCCCUCGCUAUAUUCAGCGCUCCUGCCACGUUCGACGAUGUCGGCACCCGGAUCAAGGCCUGGAAUUCCAAAGUCACCCAUACUGCUCCCGACUCCGCGUCUGCAACCUCUCGUUCUUUCACCACCACCAGCAAGAAAAGCGCCCUGACAGCUGCCACCUCUGUUGUUUCUUCGGCCAAGUCCAGUCAAGCUCACGCCAAGCCUACCUUGAAACCAAAGCCUUCGGAACCAUACCGCAGUCUUCGCGAUGAAGAGGACAGUGCGGAUCAAGUUGAGCGCGAGGCGGAGUCUAUUCGUCACCAGACGAAGGAGGAUUUGAUGGCGUCUACGGUGUCAAUUGCCCAGCCUUUGGGCACGUCUACCCGUGUUCAAGAUUCGAGCACCGGCUCCGGUGGUACUACGACGGCCUCCUCGCUUAAGAGGAAACUCUCUGAGGUGGCAGCAAGGUCUUCGGAUGAGGAAGCGUCCGAGACGGAGGAUGUUGUCCCUUACGAACCCCACCCCGACGACAACGCUGACGCUGAUGCAGGCGACUACGCUCCUCAAGAUGAUGUCGAGAUGCUCGACGACAACAACAACAUAGAUUCUCACAUCUGGGAGGGUGCGCAACCUGUCCACGAUCCCGCCUUCUUGGCCUGGGUCUAUGGCAAAGACUAUUACGAAGGUGCUGACGAAGACAUAGCUGACAAGGAUGGAGCUGUUGACACUGACAGCAAUGCACCCGUCGGCAUGGAUGAAGACAGCGGUGAAGCUCAACCGGAUGGCGACGAGGAUCAACAAGAAGGCGACGAGGAUCAAUCAGACGGUGACGAGGGCCAACUGGACGGCAACGAAGAUCACCCAGGCGCCAACGAGGAUCAGCCGGAGGGUGGCGAGCACCAGCAAGACGGCGACAAUAGUCAACAGGUCGUUGAGGGCGAGCAGGGCGGCGAGGGUCAAGCGGACGAGGGUGAGGAUGUCGUGGGCAGUUUCGGACGGAAAAGCAAGCGUACGACGGCCACGACAAAUGCCAAGGCUUCAAAGCCGAGGUCUCAUCGUACGAAGCGUAUGAAGACCGGCAAGACCAGCGCAGCUACACCCGCCGAGGGGAGCAAAGGUCCCACCAAGCCCACCGUCAACGACUUGCCGCCUGAGUGCCAGCAGCAGAAGUCAUUCUCCGUCGACUUUAUGCCGACGCUUUGUGUCUACAUGGGUGCGUUACCCACCCCCUGGGGCCCUUCCGACGACAUUGUCGAGGAGGCUUGUGCUGCUAUCUUCCGCGUCAUCUACAAGCGCGAGUUCUCUGCAUUGCCGCAAGAGCAGCAGACAGCCGUGCUGAGCAUUGCUUGUGAUCGUUUGUACCUCUGGCGCAACAACUUCAGCUCCACCGCGGUUGCGGCGCUCCUCGUCUUGAUGGGCGCGCGCAAACUCUUUACUGAUGAGGAACGUACUGACUUUGCCAAGCGCCUUCUCGUUGGGGGCGCUUUCUUGUACGAGAAGAUUGUCGAUGGCAAGCUUACGAACAUCUUCCACGGCUCCUACUUCACCAUCGUCCUCUCAUGCCAUUUCAAUGCCAUUAAGGGGCACUACGACGUACCGGCGCACGCGGAGCAAACUGGGGGGCCCCAUGGUUACCUCCCCCUCGGCGCAUUUGCCUUGGCCGCGGCUGCGUGUGUCCGCGCAAUCCGCAUGAUCAGGGAUGGCCAGCUGGCCAAGAUCGACAAGGCCAUGUCCAGCAUCACCGAGGCCGGAUGCACUCCGGAGAAUGGCUGGGCUGCCGUGUGCAAAGCGAGACGGCUCAUCACUGAGUCCACCCGCAAGCCCAGGUCUUCGAAGGCAAAAGGGAGAGGCAAGAAAGCUCAGGCCAAUACCGACGCCGAGCCAGACGCCGAGCCCGGUCUGCCCAGCUACCUCCAGUUCUCCGAAGCGAACUACGGCGCUGAAACGGAUGACUUCCACACGAGCGCACUCCGCGCCGGUCCUGUCCGCACCUCUGGAGGCUGGGAGAUUGCCAUCAGCCACGUCGUCAAUCACGAUGAGGACGAAGAAGAGGACGCCAUGGAGGACGACCAGGAUGAGAAGAAGCGGGGUCCUUGGGCUACGUUGGACAUCCAGAUCUGUUCCGGGGCCGAUGGGAAGCUGCGCGGGCUGUAA